UUUCUUGACAGAGUAUAGAAACUGUGAAGAAUAAGAAGCUACCAGCAUGUCCACACCGGUGCUUUUGACGGAGCUGAAAUUGUUGCCAGACCUAUUGAAGUCUGGGAAGCAUGCUGUCAGGAGAGAAGGGCUCCAACUUCUCCUCAAGAUUCUUCUCAAUGAGCUAGACUUGCCAGAGAAGUUGGUCAAAGUGUUGGCCAAGAUGAGCGUGAUGGGCACGGGUGUCUAUAAUGACCGCGACCUGCGGUGGCUGCUGCAGCAGGCCGCUGCUGCUGCCACGUCCAAGCAUUCAUCAAUGCCGCACCUGACGCCAACGUUCAAAAACAUGGCCAAAGCUCAUAAGAAUAUUCUGAGCAUCACGCCCAGUCUGUCACGACAUUUUCUAACCUUUGUUGAGGCAAUAUCUUCUGCAUGGACUGGAGUGAUUCGUCACAACCACAGAGUGCUUUCUGCUACCGAGCUAAGCAGUGAUUCUGGCACCAGCAUCCCAGCCCCUAUACACAUCCCUGCUGAGGAGGCCCAGAUAUUAGUGCGCUCGCUCUGCCUCUUCUUCACCUUGACCGUCGGUAGCAAUGAUAAAAAGCUCAUCAGGAGAGCUACUGGACUCAUGGCUCCUCUCUGGUCCAGUGCAGAGUCGCUUAAUGCUUUCGCUCAGGAGCUGGGUAGUGAGGAAGUCUCCAUACACAACGUGGUGACGGGCGGUCAUCUGCUCAAGUUUGUCAGGGAGAAGAAGCUGCCUGAGCUCGACGCAAAAGUCAAGCAGCAACUCAUCCAAGCUUACAUCAAGUUGUUUUUCCAAACGAAAGUUAAGCCUCCUUCACUGUACCUGAGCAGCUGCUCAGCGUUCAUAAAUGAACUCAGUCACGAAGACCUCCAGAGCACCGUAGUGCCUGCAGUGCACAAGUCUCUGCUCAGGAACCCUGAGGCCGUCCUCACGGCACUAGCAGGACUGGCUAGCUCCUCCGUUCUGGACCUAUCUCAGUACUUGGCUGAGUUGGCUAAGCUUUUACAAGCGCCACUGCACCACAAGGAAGACGCAGUUCGUAGCGACACCGUGACCGUGUGUGGCGCCCUCACGCGGCAAUGCUGCGAUGCAGACGCCGUCAAGGUCUUCGUAGGCACCUUGUUUGAUGUUUACUUCGGCUCCGAUGGCAAACUUACCGUCACGACGCACAAGGUCUCCGUUCUUCAGGCUGUGGAGGCGUGCAGCGGGCACAGCGUUGGUGUGGCGUCGGUAGGCCCUGUGCUGGAGAGCGUGCUGAGUCGCUGGCUUCGCGUCGUGGAGGCAGAGAGCCAUGAAGGAUCGCUGCUGCAAGCCAUGAGCGUCCUGCAGGCCUGGCUGCAGCCUGGGGUUCCUACCAAGCAUGUGCAGCUCGUUGCUGAUAAUAUGCAGAAAUUGGUGAAUAUGAAGACAUGGACGACAGGCGUCAGAAGUGCCUUCGUUCGAUGUCUGACUCGAGUUGCCCGCAGUGAUGGCGCCCCAGGCUUAGCUAAGAAAACUGUGCCCUCAGCCCUGAAAAUCAUGGAGAAAGCUCUCACCCAACAUACGCAGAUGCCGAUGUUGGUUGAAGCUCUUACUGCAGCUGGCUUUCUGCUCUCACUCUCAGCAUCCGAUUGUGCUCUGGACGCUCAAGUCUCUGGCGUAUUUACAUCUGCUUUGGAUUUGUCGAAAAAUUACUUCACUGGUGACAAGUUCCUGACCGCAGCGCCCGCGGAAGGUCUCAUGGAACUGUGCGACGUUAUUGAAAUACUACUGACCCACCAUCGCAACCGUAUAGCUGACUUUGAGCCCGUGUUGCUGCGGUGUUUGUGUUUCUGUUUGUGCUGGCGGUCGCCAGACUCUGGCACCGCGGCAACAGACGGCACAACAGCGGCCACGAGCGCAGCGUCAGCGCCGGCUGUGCGUCUGAAGGCUCGCAACGUCGUCAAGAAACUCACAAGUACCCCUGCGGGCGCCAAGCUUGCUGCUGAUCUGCUCAUAGCUUUUGCCAAGUAUCUGGAUGCCGUCAAAAUUGAGUCUGGAGUUGCGGGAGGUGGAGGGGGGCCUGGAGGUGGCAGGGCAGAGGAUGUGCUUGGCGGCGGGGCUGUCCACACUGCCACGGCCGUCGACUGCGCCGCCAGUGUUGUUAGCCCCGCCGGUGUCCAGCAUUUCCUGAGUUGCUUUGCGACGAGCUGUCGUAAUCUGGCGAUGCAAGAGAGGCUGCAACUCGCCCUCCUCGCCCUGCCCAUCGCCUGCUCUCCUCAUGUCGAGUGCGAGCGUAGAGGACUUUGGCCUGAGUUCUGCAAGGUUCUUCAGGUUAAAAUUCCUGAACUCGUCCAGAAAAAGUGUUCAGACCUCACAACUCUGAUAACGGAUGGUUAUACUGCUACUCCUACUAAUUCAAGGGUUGUAACUGAGCUGUGCCGUUUGGAGGGAGCCACGCUGUAUCCAAUCAUCAUUAAUUAUCUCUCAACAUCUCUUGACGAUCCUCGGCUCUUAGAAAUAACUGACGAGGAUCUUGCCAUCUACAACACGCCUGAGGGCAAACUCUUCCAUCAGCACCUCGUUGACGACGCGUUUGAACUGAAUCUGGACACGAAGCAUGUGAAGAAGACUACGAAGGUCUACACUCACCAGGAGCAGGUCAUGAUGCUCGAGGAGAAGAAGGCUGAGAUCGAACGCAAGAGGAAGGAAGGCAAACUCGAGCUCACGGCCAAACAGAAGGAAGUUCUCAGAAUACAGACAGAGAAGGAGGCUGCGGUCAAAAAACGAGUGUCCGCCAUAGUGAAGGACGUGCCUGCGAAGAUCUCUCUUCUGUACGCCGCUAUUGAAGGCGACAGAGGAACCUUGGCGCCCUCACUAGUGUCCCUCAUCCCUGUGCUGAGCCGCCACUUGCCCUCCCCGGCCGUGGGGCCUUCCUUCGCCAGGAUUUUCGUGAUGCUCCGCAACUGCGUCUUCCCUAAAGACAUUGGUGCUUUUGGCGAACUCUUGGCACGGACGAGCGUGCGCGUGUUGGGCGCUCCUGCGCUGCCCAGGGACUGGACGGGCGAGGACCUGCCGAGCGCUGUUAAGCGCACCCUCACCGCCCUGCACGCCGCCACCGUGCCCUCUGGGUCCGAGAUGAUGGAGGAGGAAAUGGAAGACAAAUUCUUCACUGCGCCAGCCUUCGUGUACUGCUUCCCACUGCUGCAGUGGCUGCUGACACACCUGCACGAGGUGUGUGAGGGCGAAGACCAGGUCAACGGUAAGGCCGCCGUCCCCAACGACGAUGACGACGACGAGCUCGACAUGGCAGACGACGAGGACGCCAUCGUCAGUGAACGCGAGAAGGUGGCCUGCAUGGCGCUGCAGGUUGUGAGUGAGCACAUGUGUAUGAGAGGCAGCAGCACCCCAGGCAGCACCCCGGACUUGUACCACCCGAAGCUGCUACCACUCAAGGAUCUACUCGCACUCGUCAUACGCGUCAUUGGCAGCAACAGUGGGCGAACACACAGCAUGGCGUGUGGCGUGCUGUGUGAAGUGUGCGCAUGUGGCUCUGGUGGCGCAGGCUGCCACAAAGCUACCAGCCAUGAGAUAGCUACGCUGCUCGACACGCUCACUGCUCCCUCUUCCAGCGUCAGGGAGGCUGCUCUAACUGGCCUCGACGUGCUCUCUGGAUGUCUGCCUGACAAGUCCGGGCCCGAGAGGCUCAAAGUUUGUCAUCGUCUGUGGGUGGCGCGCCACGACCAAGAAGAGGGCGUCAAAGAGCUCGCCGACAAGCUCUGGGCUAAAAUAAAAAUGCAGGUUCACGAGGACAUCUGCGAGCUGGUGCGCCAAGACCUCCUGCAGCCUGUCGCUGAAGUACGGGUCGCCGCCGCGUCCGCUCUCGCCUCCCUCGUCGCCGACAGGAAACACCUCCUCAAGGGCACCAUCUCUUCUCUCAUCAACAUUUACAAGGAAAAAACCAAGAUGACCCCAGCAAAGCGCGACCAGUACGACCGUAUCGUGGAGGAAGCCAUCGACCACUGGGAAGGUCGUGCCGGCGUUGGGCUUGCCCUGGGCCAGCUGGCGCCUGUGGUUGAGGAGAAGCAAGUGGUGCAGCUCAUCAACUUCUUCGUGCCUGAAGCUCUGGGGGACCGCAACAGGGAGGUGGCCGGUAUUAUGCUAGAGGCCGCUACUGCUCUCAUCAAUUCCCAUGGCAAGGAUACCGUGAACUCCUUGCUCCCUAUUUUCGAGAAGUGCCUUAAAUCAGCACCUAACCAUGCAAGCUUCGACACCGUACGUCAGAGCGUCAUCAUCCUCAUGGGACUUUUGGCCAAGCAUUUGGAUCCAACGAACCCGAAGAUCAAACCAAUUGUGGCCAAGCUCGUGGAGGCCUUGAGUACGCCCUCUCAGCCCGUGCAGGAGGCCGUGGCGUUGUGUUUGUAUCCCUUAGUGCCCGCCAUUAGAGACGACUGCCCUAAGCUCGUCACUAAACUCAUGACGGUGUUGCUGGAGAGCGACAAGUACGGCGAGAGGAAGGGUGCUGCCUACGGCCUGGCUUCCCUGGUGAAGGGUAUGGGCAUUCUGGCUCUGAAACAACUCGAUAUCAUCACCAGACUCACUGCCGCCAUUCAGGACAAGAAGAACUACAAGCUGCGAGAAGGAUCUCUGUUUGGACUCGAGCAGUUAUGCAUCAUGUUGGGCAAGCUGUUUGAACCAUACAUAGUCCACGUGCUGCCUCACUUGCUCCUGUGCUUUGGCGAUACCAAUAACCACGUGCGUCUUGCUGCCAAGGAUACAGCCAAAGCUGUAAUGAGUAAAUUGUCUGCUCACGGAGUGAAACUCGUCUUGCCUUCCCUCAUUGCUGCUCUCGAUGAAGAUUCUUGGAGGACCAAGAGAGGGUCUGUGGAGCUGUUGGGGAACAUGGCGUACUGCGCUCCCAAGCAGCUGUCGUCCUGCCUGCCGUCUGUGGUGCCGCGGCUCAUUGAGGUGCUCAGUGACUCGCACCAGAAGGUGCAGCACGCCGCAGCCCAGGCACUGAAACUUAUUGGCUCUGUCAUCAAAAAUCCAGAGAUUCAAGCGAUUGUACCAACCCUGCUUUCGGCGCUCAAGAACCCUGGCCGCCACACGUCCACGUGUCUCCAGACUUUGCUGCACACCAAAUUUGUCCACUUCAUUGACGCUCCGUCGCUGGCCCUCAUUAUGCCGGUGGUAGAACGAGCCUUCGAGGAUCGCAGUACCGAGACCCGCAAAAUGUCUGCACAGAUCAUCGGCAACAUGUACAGUCUUACUGACCAGAAAGAUCUCACACCUUACUUGCCUGCCAUCAUACCUGGGUUGAAGGCAUCGCUGCUGGAUCCUGUUCCUAAGGUUCGCUCGGUGUCAGCUCGGGCGCUGGGCGCUAUGGUGAAGGGCAUGGGCGAGAGCAGCUUUGAAGAGCUCUUGCCCUGGCUCAUGCAGACUCUCACGUCCGAGGCGUCCUCUGUUGAUCGCUCCGGUGCUGCCCAGGGUCUUGCUGAGGUGGUGGGAGGUCUUGGACCUGAAAAGCUUCAUCGCUUGAUGCCCGAUAUUGUGGCCACAGCAGAGCGAACUGAUAUUGCGCCGCACGUCAAGGAUGGCUAUAUCAUGAUGUUCAUUUACCUUCCUUCAGUAUUCCAGGAUGAGUUCACGCCUUACAUCGGUCAAAUCAUCAAUCCUCUCCUAAAUGCUCUGGCAGACGAGACGGAGUUUGUUAGGGACACAGCCCUCAGAGCCGGUCAGAGGAUCGUCACGCUCUAUUCAGACACGGCCAUUGAACUUCUAUUGCCAGAAUUAGAAUCAGGACUUUUCAAUGACAACUGGAGAAUUAGAUUCAGUUCCAUUCACUUACUAGGAGACUUGCUCUACCGCAUAUCUGGAGUUUCGGGCAAGAUGACAACAGACUCCGCUCACGAUGACGAUAACUUCGGCACUGAGCAGUCGCACAACGCUAUUAUUGACAAGCUUGGUGAAGAACGUCGCAAUCGCGUGCUUGCUGGGCUCUACAUGAGUCGCAGUGAUGUGGCCUUGUUGGUGCGCCAGUCGGCCUUGCACGUAUGGAAGGUUGUGGUCACCAACACUCCAAAGACAUUGCGAGAAAUCUUACCGGUACUGUUCACUUUGCUUCUAGGGUGUUUAGGUUCAACGAGUCAUGACAAAAGGCAGGUCGCGGCAAGAACGCUUGGGGAACUUGUGCGUAAACUCGGCGAACGCGUUCUGCCAGAAAUCAUUCCUAUAUUGGAGCAAGGCCUGAAUUCAGAUGACCCUGAUCAUAGGCAAGGCGUUUGCAUUGGCCUGCGUGAAAUGAUGGCUAGUACCAGCAGAGAUAUGGUGAUGUGCUUCACUAACAAUCUUGUAACGACAGUCAGAAAAGCUCUCUGUGAUCCUGAUGCAGAUGUAAGGGCUGCGGCUGCUCAAACGUUUGAUGCUCUGUACGGCACUAUCGGACAGAAGGCUCUGGAUGACACUCUGCCUCCUCUUCUUAAGCUUCUCAAGGCAUCUGAAGGCGAAAAGUCUGAGCAAGCACAGCUAGAGGCCGAAUAUGCUCUGGAUGGUUUGAAACAAGUCAUGGCAAUAAAGAGCAAGGUUGUACUGCCUUAUCUCGUGCCUCAGCUGAUUGCUGAGCCUGUCAAUACAGAGGCUUUGAGCAUCUUGGCGUCAGUGGCUGGUGAUUCUCUCACUCGACACUUGGACAAAAUCCUCCCUGCUCUCGUGUCUGCUGUCAACAGUCAGUGGAGGGACGGAGUGUCGGUCCGUCCUGAAUACGAAGCAGCACUUACUCACUGCCACGGGGUCGUACUGGCCGUGAACGACCCUGCCGGCGUAAAUAUAAUCAUUGAUGAACUAUUACGCUCAACGAAAAACAACAAUGUUGGCUACGCCAGAGCUGCCGUUUCAAUUCUAGUCGCUUUUUGUUCCAACACUAAAGCCGAUUACAAUGACCACGUUUCUCAUUUACUUCGUGGGUUGCUGCAACUUUUCACUUCGAACGACGAUGCUACUUUACAAGCGGCCUGGGCGGCGCUUAAUGCUGUCACCAAGAGACUGGACGCAUCUGACCAAAGGACACUUGUUUCUGACGUCAGACAAGCAGUCAAGUUUGCCUCGUCAGAUCUCAAACCUGGACAACUUAUGCCUGGUUUCUGCUUGCCCAAAGGUAUCCAGCCGAUUCUACCAAUCUACAGAGAAGCCAUUCUAAAUGGCGAACCUGAACUGAAGGAAGUUGCUUCCAAUGCCCUCACGGAAGUUAUUCAGAUCGCGUCAUCCGACUCCCUGAAGCUUUCUGUGAUCCACGUGACUGGUCCACUCAUCCGUAUUCUUGGUGACAGAUUUGCAGCGAGUGUUAAAGUCGCUGUACUCAACACUAUCGGCCUUCUGCUUGAGAAAACUGGCGUGAUGUUGAAGCCGUUCCUGCCGCAGCUGCAAACCACCUUCAUUAAAGCCAUCCACGACCCCCACCGCGGAGUGCGUCUCAGGUCUGGCCACGCUCUUGCCCACCUCGUGUCUAUCCAUCUCAAGCCUGAGCCGAUGUUUGUGGAGCUGCAGAGCAGCGUCAAGAGCGAGGAGGACGUUUCUGUCAGGGAGACGUUGAUAUUUUGCGUACGCCAGCUGUUCAUGAUAUCGGGCAGCAAAGUGCCAGAGGCCGUUCGUAAGAACAUAUUAAGCGUGCUGCUGGUGUACCUUGAAAGCGAACACGAGGGAACCCGCUUAGUGUCGGCAGGUGCUAUCGCCGCCAUCUUGCCUUUCCUCUCUGAUGUCGACCGCAAGUCGGUCAUUGUAAGUCAUUGCCUGGACUGCAACGAGAGCAAAGACUGGACCGUUCAUCACGGCCACAUCACGGCACUCUUCUCCGCUCUUAAUCUUGCUGGUGAUGAUGUCUUCAAGGUGGUCACCGAACAGCAGGUUGUGCAGUGCAUCUCAACACACCUCAACAGCGACCGAGUGCCCGUGUUGCAGAACGCUGCUGUGGCCGUUGGCUACCUCCUCCUGCACAGGGUUACCAACGGGCUAGCUAUUCCUCUAGAGCUCCUCAAGCCGUUUGCCAAAUUGAUCAAUAAUCCGAACAACGACGUGAAGCAAUCGAUGUGCCGCUCAGUCCAAUUCUUGUGUGAAAGUCUGCCUAAGAAACUGCGCGACGGCUCUCAGCUACCCCUGGAUGCAGCCAAGUUCCUCGUUCCCGCCCUCGUUAACGGCACGAAGGAGAAGAACCAAGUCGUCAAGAGCGCCGCAGAGAUGGCACUUAUAGCCAUGUUGCUUAUGAAAGAAGGAGACUCUGGCGCUCAGAAGGUCGUGAGCAGCCUGGAAGGUGGAGUGAAGGAGUCUCUCACUGACUGCAUAUCCCGGAAUUUGCGUCGGGCAGUGUACUAUCCUGUCACUGAGUCCGAAAUAGACUGUACGCUUCUAUCCUAGGAAAUUUUUGUGAUUUUUACGUUGUUGCUGGUAAAAACUAUGAUUAUCACGAUCAUUAACCGAUGCGGUUAACCAUCCCACUUAUUUUUCUGUUCUCCGUGGUGAUUGCAUCAAAUGUAUUAAUAUGCAAUCUUGUUAUUGAAGUCAGUUUGGGUGUGGAAUUUUUUCUGAAUUAAUUUCAUGUUAGUUCUGUUGCGAAAGUGUUUAUGCUCUUAUUUUUACAACCUUUUUGAACUAUUUAAUUUGUUAAGUCAUUGCUCUGCUCACGCCUUGAUAUCUACGCGUAGGAUGAAACAGCUCAACUAUAAGGAAGACGUCAACAUUCUUACUGACUGAAAAAAUGUGACUAUUAAUGUCUCGGUAGGCUCUCAUUCAUCUAAUAAAACUACAGAAGUGAUCAUGCGUUCUUGAAAAUGUGAAUAAUUUACACUCGUGUGGAAGUAGUACUGGAGAAACAAUGCUGUCCAGUAUUAUGAUAUUGAAGUACUUGUUGCAUUCCCCACGAGUGUUAUCCGCGAUCUGCACCAGGGGGUUGAUCUAAAUGCUGUUUCUAUACAGCAAUUCUCGUAUUACUUCAUUCUCGUAUUUUUCUUGAAGAAAGAUAGGAGUGGUUACGAGAAGGCUUAAGCUGUCUCCUAUGAUUGCUGUUUUCAUCGAUGUUAUCUGAUUUUGAACUUAUUUGGUGUGUUCUGCUUAAAGUGAUUUGUUUUCAUGUGUUAAUUUUUUUCCAUACACUUUUGUUUUUAUGCAAUCACUAAAUUUUGUACAAUCUUGAAUCAAUUUUAGUCCAUUUCAAAUCUAAUAACAUUUUUGCUAUACCGUAA